GUUUGGAUUAUGCCACCAUUUCCUCCGCGGUGAAAGAUUUAAGCUUGGGGUCGUAUUAAUAUAACUGGAAUUCUCGAAGCAACAUCAGAUAGAGUUCUACCAGAAUACUAUCAAUUAUGAGGCCGAAAAUAAUUUUUGUUUUUCUGUCUGUUGUAUUUACAUUAACCAGUGUCAGCUUGAGCCAAGCUGAUGACAGCUCAAAUAGAUAUCACGCGGAGUACCUCAAAUCAAAAGAAAUCGAGGCGAAUGCUGAAAACUGGAUACAGCAAAGGUUAAAUCAUUUUGAUGCACUCGACAGAAGAAGAUGGCUGCAAAAGUACAAAAAAUCUGAUGCUUUUUAUAAACAUGGUGGGCCUGUCGUCUUAUAUGUUGGUGGUGAGUCGCGAAUUGGUAAAUUAUGGCUAAACAGUUCGCAGUUAAUCAUGAAAACGGUAAGAGAGUACGGAGCUAUGUUGUUUUACCUCGAGCAUCGCUAUUACGGCGAGAGCAAGCCAACAAACGACACAAGCGUACGAAACCUACGGUUUCUUUCAAGCCAGCAAGCGUUAAAAGAUCUUGUGUAUUUUAUUCAAAAUAUGACAGAAAAACAUGACGGCCAUUUAAAGAAAUGGAUAUUGUUUGGAGGGUCAUAUCCUGGUGCUUUAGCAGUAUGGGCUCGUUUAAAAUUUCCGCAUCUUAUCUAUGGAGUAGUGGCAGCAAGUCCACCCUUGGAAGCAAAGUUGUUUUUUAACGAAUAUUUGGAGUCUGUGAACGACACUUUAUACAAAUAUGGAGGGUCGACUUGCCAUUCAGCAUUAGGGGAAGCUAAUCGUCAGAUCGCAAGUUUAAUGGAAACAGGAGAAGGAAAAGAAAAAUUGCGAAAAAUAUUCAAUUUGUGCAACGCGUCUGAUUUGAACGGCAAUUCAAUGGGACUCUUUUACAGUAUAAUGAACAAUCAAAUAGAAAACGUUGUACAAUAUAGCAGAGGAAAUAUUAUCGUAGACAAACCGAUGUACAUAACCUUAAACAAAAUGUGUGAUAUUUUGACGAACAAAUCUAUAGGAACAGAAAUUUAUCGAUUACAGAAAGUUAUUGACAUACGUAAUAAUUCCACAGAAUGCAUUACAACUACGUUUACGGAAUACACGGCCUACGAUCGUAAUACAAGUUGGGGAGAACAGUCAUCAAGUCGUGUAUGGCUUUAUCAAGCAUGUUCCGAAUUUGGUUGGUUCCAAACCGUAUCACGGCAACCUUUCCAGCAUGUUCAAGAAUCAUUUCCUACGGCACUUUGCCUGAGGCUUUUUGGUCCAGAGUUGGAAGAGGAAGAUGUCGUAAAUGGGCCGGCACAAACCAACCUAAAUUACGGAGGAAAAAAGGUUGCAGAUGUCGUAACACAUACUGUUAUAUUCAAUGGCGGCGUAGACCCCUGGCAUAAAGUUUCGUAUUCAAAAUCAAACGUACGGAUUGACACAGAAAAAUUAUUAUCAUACGACGAAGAAAAGAAAACUAUAUCCCCCUUCUCUAAUCCUGAUGAAUCUAAUCAACUACGAAAAGAUGAGUAUUUUUAUAAUCCUUUUGGGUUUAGCAGUAUAUUCGUCGCUGAGAGCUCACAUGCAGAAGUUCUAUCAAGUGAUAUGCAACGUGAUUCGAUCGAGCUUAGGAAUUCUAGAACUGCAAUUUUGAGACUAGUAAGUCUUUGGCUGGGAAAAUGACAUUUCAAUUUACGAACCCCUGUGCAACUCGUGUGUUUUAAACAAGAAGGAGUACAUCACAGCUCGUCCCGCUUCUUGACUGAGUGUCAGUGAAAAUCAUAGCCUGUUACAGAGAAGAAGUUGCAGUUUGCUCCUCAAAAAAAUAUGUUCUAUGCAACCGAAUUAAUUUGCUUAGGAAAAAGUAAUUGUGCCAAAUAUAUGUAUUUCAUUAACUGUU